CAUUGUCACACUGGUAUGAACUAUGGUCUGGUUUUAUAUUCCUGGCGCUAGUCUGCCCCCUGCUGGCACUAAUUUACAUUUCCAUGCCUGUAGCCACUAGAGGGGGCAGGAGAGCGCAUUCAUCGUGUAUCAAAGAAAGCAUCCCUCUCUCUCAGAGCCCUCAGAAAGAGGGCUGCUCCCGGUUUGUACAAAAAAGCGGGAAUGGAUUCCGGAUUGUGAUCAGUAAUCAUUUCCUAACGCGCGACACUUGGUGUUAUUUGAUUGCAAUGGACCAUAUGAGACGAACAUGCGCCUCAGCAUCACCCCUAGAAGGGUAGACUACACUAGUGCAGGCGCAUCCGAGCAGCUCCAGAGCCGCGGAACAUACAGCAGUGAAAUCAAUAUAAAAGUAUCAUCUGUGCCUGCGUUUGAGAGAAUUAUAAUACUGGCUAUAGAAAAACACACCGAGCUACACGAAUACAACUUUCACACUAUAGGCCUCGUCACAAUACCCGAUAUAAUAACAGCCUGCACGGUUCCACGCCGACUCCAGAGCCCAGACUCCGGUGCGGGGUUUCGCUCAGACCUGGGGCUGUGUGAUUGACUCCAGCGCUGCUCUCUCAGCGCAGAGCCAGGCAGGAGCGCAGAGCAGCACAACACUGAGCUCAGAGAUCACCCCAAAUGAAAUGCAUGGGACAGUCUUCCUAAUCGCCGCCGUGGGGCUGUGGUGUGCGCAGGGUGCAGCACAAAAUAAUGCAUCCCCAGCAUCAUUGAAAAGUGGAAAUCAGAAACCAGAUGGACUAGUAAAAAUUACCCCCGGGGGAGAAGAGCCCGUCCCCGGGGGAGAGAAGCCCGCCCCCGGGGGAGAGAAGCCCGCCCCCGGGGGAGAGAAGCCCGCCCCCGGGGGAGAGAAGCCCGCCCCCGGGGGAGAGAAGCCCGCCCCCGGGGGAGAGAAGCCCGCCCCCGGGGGAGAGGAGCCCGCCCCCGGGGGAGAGAAGCCCGCCCCCGGGGGAGAGAAGCCCGCCCCCGGGGGAGAGAAGCCCGCCCCCGGGGGAGAGAAGCCCGCCCCCGGGGGAGAGAAGCCCGCCCCCGGGGGAGAGAAGCCCGCCCCCGGGGGAGAGGAGCCCGCCCCCGGGGGAGAGGAGCCCGCCCCCGGGGGAGAGGAGCCCGCCCCCGGGGGAGAGGAGCCCGCCCCCGGGGGAGAGGAGCCCGCCCCCGGGGGAGAGGAAGGGGGGGGAGAGGAGGCCGCCCCCGGGGGAGAGGAGGCCGCCCCGGGGGGAGAGGAGGCCGCCCCGGGGGGAGAGGAGCCCGCCCCCGGGGGAGAGAAGCCCGCCCCCGGAUUGGGUCCCAUGGCUCCCAGCGAUGACACAGAGAGCAGCCACUUCUUUGCGUACUUGGUGACGGCUGCAGUGCUGGUGGCGGUGCUCUACAUUGGCUACCACAACAAGAGAAAGAUCAUCGCCUACGUCCUGGAGGGUCGAAGGUCACAGGGUGCCCGUCGGCCCAAAUCCACAGACUACCAGAGACUGGAUCAGAAGGUAAGACAGAACCACAUCUUAGAAUCGGGUGUUUCUAGAAGCCUGCUGCAUCCAAUUUCAUUCCGAGGCAUCGAAAGAAAAUACUUUUCUAGGCUGAAGAAAGUUCUCGGUUUGCUUGCCCUGCCUUCCUGGAAGUCUGCGGCUGCUUCGCUUCCUGACCAGGGGAAAGAAAAAAACCUGUUGAAAGGGCGGUGAGCAU